UUUUAUAAACGCCCAAACAUUAGUUGGAAUCGCUUCUCUAAAACCUCCCGCCCAUUUCUGAUUUCCCUUUAAAAUUAAAACCUAAAGGUAAAAAAAAGAAAAAAAAAGCCAGUCACAGACAGAGAGAGGAUUAGGAAAACCCUAGGGUGGAAAGGGAAAUGAGAGAGGAAGAAAUAGAGAAGCUUAGGGGAGUAGUACGGGACUGCGUGAGCAAGCACCUCUACUCCUCCGCCAUAUUCUUCGCAGACAAAGUGGCCGCCUUGACCAAUGACCCUGCUGACAUCUACAUGCAGGCCCAAGCUCUAUUCCUUGGCCGUCACUUCCGGCGCGCCUUCCAUCUCCUCAACGCCUCAAAGAUCGUCCUCACCGAUCUCCGCUUUCGAUACCUCGCUGCUAAAUGUCUGGAGGAACUCAACGACUGGGACCAAUGCCUCUCUAUGCUCAACCUCCCUCACCACCACACCAAUAACUCUCUCAUCUACUUGGAUAAAGACGCUGCCGCUGCUGAAAUCAAUAUAUCUUCCGCGAUUUGCUUUCUUCGCGCUAAGGCAUAUGAAGCUCUCGAAAACCGUGCCCAGGCUCGUCUCUGGUAUAUAGCUGCUGUCAAAGCUGAUCCUUUAUGUUACGAGGCUUUAGAGUGUCUUAUUGAAAAGCACAUGCUAACCUGCGAUGAAGAAGCAACUCUACUCUCAUCACUGCAAUUUGGUCCCGAAGAUGGAUGGCUCUCAUCAUUUUACUCGUGUUUAACAAAGAAGUAUGACAAAGAAAGUGUUGUCGAAGCCAAAUUCAAAGAACUUGAAAAAGAAAGUUGUAUUAGUGACUCUUCUGAUUCAUCCAUCACACAAACUCUAAAAGCAAACACAGAUCUUUUGGCCUGUAAAGCUGAAUACUACCAUCAAUGUGGCGAAUAUCAAAAAUGUUUUGAACUAACUUCCGUACUGCUUGAAAAAGACCCUUUCCAUCUGAAAAGUACCUUGGUGCAUUUAGCAGCUGCUAUGGAGCUUGGAAAUUCAAAUGAGCUCUAUCUUAUGGCAUGCAAUUUAGUGAAGGACUAUCCUCAAAAGGCUUUAUCAUGGUUUGCUGUUGGCUGCUACUACUAUUGUAUCAAGAAAUACGAUCAAUCACACCGUUAUUUCAGGAAAAAAAAAAUUCUCAUUGGCUUUGGUGUAAUCCACAGCAAGGCUACAAAUUUAGAUGGAACAUUUCCGCCUGCUUGGAUAGGUUAUGGAAAUGCAUAUGCUGCUCGAGAAGAGGGUGAUCAAGCAAUGUCGGUAUAUCGCACUGCUGCUCGCUUAUUUCCAGGGUGCCAUUUACCAACUUUAUACAUUGGGAUGGAAUAUAUGCGAACCCACAGCUUUAAGCUUGCAGAGCAGUUUUUCAUGCAGGCAAAGACAAUAUGCCCUUCAGAUCCACUUGUAUAUAAUGAACUUGGUGUUGUCGCUUAUCAUAUGAAAGAGUAUAAUAAAGCUGCGUUGUGGUUCGAGAAGACUUUGGCUCAUAUUCCAUCCCCUUUAAGUGAAUUAUGGGAACCAACCGUGGUUAAUCUUGCUCAUGCAUACCGAAAGUUAAAGAUGUACCAUGAAGCAAUUUCACGUUAUGAGAAAGCACUUGCGUUAUCAACAAGAAGUGUGAGCACUUAUGCAGGUCUUGCAUACACUUAUCAUUUGCAGGAUAACUUCACUGCAGCAAUUACAUACUAUCACAAGGCUCUAUGGCUGAAACCGGAUGAUCAGUUUUGCACUGAAAUGUUAAGUGUAGCUCUUGUAGAUGAAUGCCGCCGUGGUGUAGACCCCAAAAUUGAAUUUCGACGAAGUGAGGUUUUUGUUUGAAGCUUAUAUUCUUCUAGAUUUGAUGUAAUGUAUGUGUAAUUAAUAACUAUAAUACCAAAACAGGUUAAUUUUUGUGAUUUUUAAUGUGAAAUAUAUGUAUCAAACAUUAGGCAAUAUGUAUUUGACCGACUUGGUUUUAUUGAGGUUUUUAGUGCGUUUGGUAUAA